AUGACAAAUGAUGUAACUAAGAAUAAAUCUAUUGGAUAAUAUAUAUUUGGUAAGUAAUAAAUACAUAAACAAGGAAAAACCUUGGGUGAGGGUACAUUUGGAAAAGUUAAAUUAGCAACUCACAUAUUAACAGGAGAAAAAGUAGCCAUCAAAAUUUUAGAGAAGUCAAAGAUUGUUGAUGCAUCUGACGUAGAGAGAGUAACAAGAGAGAUCCAAAUUUUGAAAUAAGUUCGUCAUCCUAACCUAGUACAAUUAUAUGAAAUAAUAGAAACACCUAAGUAAUUAUUUUUAGUGAUGGAAUACGUUAAUGGUGGGGAACUUUUUGAAUAUAUCGUAUAAAAUUAAAGAAUAAAAGAUGUUGAGGCUAUUCGAUUUUACAGUUAAAUACUAUCUGGAAUAGAGUAUUUGCACAAAUUGCAUGUAGUCCAUAGAGAUUUGAAACCUGAAAAUCUGAUUCUUGAUAGUAGAGGAAAACUUAAGAUUAUUGAUUUUGGAUUGUCAAAUUUUUAUAAAACUGAUGAUUUGUUGAAAACAGCUUGCGGAUCCCCUUGUUAUGCUGCUCCAGAAAUGAUAGCUGGAAAAAGAUAUUAAGGACUUUAAGUAGAUAUUUGGAGUUCUGGAAUAAUUCUUUUUGCAAUGCUGGCAGGAUAUCUACCAUUUGAAGAUCCAAACACAAAUUAAUUGUAUAAGAAAAUAAUAGCUGGGGAUUUAAAGUUUCCAAAGUUCAUUACAAAUGAAGCAAAAGAGCUGAUUAAAAAUAUAUUAAAUACAGAUCCAUAAAAAAGAUAUACAAUUCAGGAAAUUAGAAAACAUAGUUGGUUUAAUUUUAUUAAAGACAACUAAAAGAUACCAACUGGACUGGUUAUUGGUUUUCAUAAGAUCCCGAUUGAUCCAGAAAUUAUAAAACAAUUAGUUAAUUUUGGAAUCUCAAUAGAAUAUGCUGAGAAAUGUAUUGAAACGAACAGACAUAAUCAUGUGACAACAACAUAUUAUCUUCUACUCAAAAGAUACCUGAUUGCCGGCAAUAAGUCUAUUGCAGAUAUAAGUUCUGAAUUAUUCGAACCGUAACGCAAUUCCAUUAGAUAAACAACUUAAACCGACAGAAAAUCAAGUAAACCUCAAAAUCCUUUGCCACUAAUAUAAAUAAAAAAUCGACGUAAUCAUACUUAGUAGGCAGAUGACUCUCCAAUAGAUACCAAACCAAGAUUGAACAAUUCUGUUAAUACUUAACACACUAUCUUGUAGCCAUCUCCAACUAUUUUAAAUCAAUCGAUUGAUAUUCCCAGGAAGAUUCAUUUAGAUUUAUAAAAGAAUACUCUCCUAGAUGGAUCUCUAUUAUAGCCACAAAAUGAUGUCAAAGUUUUAAAGUUAAAGACUCCAGCCAACAGAAAUUAUAUAUUAUCUGAAUAUUAUGGCAGAUUUCCUAGAAAAUCGAGGAAUCAAGAUAGAUAAUCUUCUAGAUAGUCUUCAGUUGACUAAGAAGAGACCUAUUAUAAAACUUUUUAUAAAGGAACUUCUGUUCCAAAAAAAUGA